AUGUUCACAGGUAUCGUGGAGCACAUAGGAACAGUCCAGGAGUUUUUGCAGCUCGACACAUCGGAAUCUGGAGGAAACGGUGUCUCUUUAACCAUUAGUAAUGCCACACCUAUCCUUGGUGAUUGCCAUAUUGGUGACUCAAUAGCUAUCAAUGGUACUUGUUUAACAGUGACUGAGUUCAAUAAGGACACUUUCAAAGUUGGUUUAGCACCAGAGACGUUGAGAAGAACCAAUUUGGGAGAUUUGACCGUGGGGGAUAAAGUCAAUCUAGAAAGAGCUGUUGGUGGUGAUGUUAGAUUUGGUGGUCAUUAUGUUCAAGGUCAUGUUGAUACUACUGCUAAAAUAGCUAAAGUGGAAAAAGAUGGUAAUGCAUUGAAUUAUACUUUCCAAAUAUCAGAUCUGGCUUAUAUUAAUUAUAUUGUGGAAAAGGGGUUCAUUGCAAUUGAUGGUACUUCGUUAACUAUAACACAUGUUAAUCAUUCUUUGGGGACUUUUGGUAUUUCAAUGAUUGAACAUACACAGAAAAAUGUGGUGAUGACUUUGAAGAAAAUAGGGGAUUUGGUUAAUAUUGAAGUUGAUUUAACUGGGAAAUUGAUUGAAAAACAAGUUGAAUUACAAUUGAAUUCUCAAAUACAGAAUGAGAAAUCUCCUUUAGUAUCUUUGAUUCAUAGUAUUAUUGAGAAGAAAUUGGAUAGUUUGAAAUAG